GGGAAAGGCAUUUAAAAUAGGAUUAUUUCUCUAAAUUGUUUUGUUGCUCUGGUUAAUUUUUGACACUCCUCAAAGCUAAGGCAUGGCUUUAAUAAAGAAGAGGAGUAGUUAUGAUAUAGACAGCAUUCUUAGGAACGAGAGUGUGACAACAGUCCAGCCUGGAUUGACUGAUGAUACGGGCGGCGACGAGAGCGCUUUAUCAGAACAAGGCAGAGCAGACGAACGGGUGCGCAGACCAGACGUGAUGAGGACGACAGAGGGUCGAACGUCACCCGGAAUUGAAGGUCUCGGAAGCCCAAUGUCAAGGUCACCUUGGCAAGAGAACGUCUUGAAUCUUACACAGCCCGAGCGUGCAUUCCAAGACGAGGCUAAAAAACGAUGUACAAGCACACCAGAAAAGUCGUUUCCUCAAAAUGACGAAACAGCCUCGGUUUCGUUCGAAGGGCGCGAACAGGAACCUGAAACUGAAGAGGCAGACGAUUACAAAACGGAUGCUGAACUAGGGAAGGAUAUUGCGCAAGAUUUUGAGGAAUAUGGUAAAAGAAAACAGCGACGCUACAGGACGACUUUCACUAGCUAUCAAUUGGAAGAGUUGGAGAGAGCGUUCCAGAAAACGCAUUAUCCAGACGUAUUCACCAGAGAAGAACUCGCGAUGCGGAUAGAUCUCACCGAAGCCAGAGUUCAGGUGUGGUUCCAAAACCGACGGGCAAAGUGGCGGAAGAAGGAGAAGGUGAACCCCCAGGCGCACCCGUACUAUCAGCCAGCCGCGGCCACCCUGGCAAGACAGGCAAUGGAACAACAUCAACAGCGACAAGCAAUGAACGAUUUGAUCCUACGCUCUUAUCAGAGUAGAUACAAUCUCCCCGCAUCAUACUUUCCAUUUUUCUUCUCGAACAUUCCAAAUGCGAGCAGUCACGCAGCCGGAACUGGAAAUGACUAUCGUCUGCCGGCGUACAGCCCGCUCGCACCGCCGCCUCCUGGCACAUUCCAACAUCUCUUAGCGAGCAUGACGUCAUCAGUUACAUCACGGAAACGUGAGGAAGACGUCACAGCUAGUGGUUCUCAAUCUCCGCCUCAUUUGAAUACGGCGGCCAUUACUAGUCAAAGUAGAGACAAUUCGCCUGAUGUGAAUAAUACUCCCGACUCUCCACCGGCUGAGGGUGGGGAGAGACGGUCGUCUAGUAUACAGGCUCUGAGACUGAAAGCACGGGAGCACGAAAUGAGACUAGACUUGAUCAGAAAAGUAAAAGGGGUUGUAUACUGAGGAUUCUGGAUGAUGAAAUCACAUAAUUCGAGGAUUCUGAUAAUCUGAUCCUUGCCACAUUCAAUCUACCGUAGUUCUCAGACAUUACAUGGGUCAGGAUCCCAGACAAAGGAUCUGGUCAUUGUUGUGUGUUAUUGAUAUUUUUUCACGAAAUGAAAAUGCUUCACAAAUCCAAAAAAUUGGACAGGACUAUGAAAAAUUGAAAAACGUUUACAGUUUUGGAGUAGUCAUUGAUACAGUUUAUGUGCUAUAUUUCUAUUUUGGGCCAUCACUAUCGUCUUAACCCAACAUUGAGUAACAAAGUGAGCGUUCUUAAACAUUACCAAACUCCGCAAUGAGAGUUAGGCCUACUCUUGCAGAUAUCAAAACCAUCAUUUGUUACAGCUACAUGUAUUUCGGCGUUACGUGUUGUUCUGCGCCACGAAUCGCAAUAGAAUAUCUCCAUCAGUGACGUUUAGAGUGACGUACUUGCGUACAUACAUGUACUUGUUCAUAGCCCAUCCCAAUUUACGUGCAUUUCUUAACGUUUGCGUACAUGAUGGAAAAUCUAAACCUCUCUAGUAUAGCAUUGGGCGUGGUGUUUGGUUUGUGUUGUUUGUGCGAAGAUAGUGUGCCAAACCUACUGUACAUGUAUGGUCAUUUGUUUUGCAGUGUCAUCUUGACUG